AUGGCGCAAGAUGCCCCUGCAGACACGGCAGGCCCGUCAUCACCACCGCCUAAAAUGCCAGAUGGCUGGCUUCCUCAGUGGGAGGGGGUUCAGCGCAAGUGGUAUUACGUCCAGCGUGCGACGGGCAAGUCGCAAUGGGACAUCCCAACUGAACCUGUUGUUCUCACCCCAUCGACAACGCCCACAUCCAUCGGCACCGGCCCUUCCCAAGCACCGCCCUCGCGGCCAUCAACAAAUAGCCCCCAGACCAGCGGAUUGAGGGGUACUUUGGCGGAACGAAUUGAAGAUGUGGCGGAUAGUGCGAGAACCUCCGUAGGGAACCGCGCUCAUUAUAUCUCCACAACCAUUACGAGAGUGGCACUGAUGGCGGGCCCGGUCCCUCUGGUGCCUCCGAUUGGUAUCAACAUCAAGGCAAUCAUUACACUGGUCAUUCAUAUGGUCAACCCGUCAAUGGAAAUCAAAGCGGGUAUAUAG